AUGAUUUGUCAUAAUGGAUUUGAUCGAAAUGCAGCACAAGCUGCUUGUCGUUCACAAAAGAAGAAAUUACAAAUGUUCUCAACAAACUAUGAAUGGGAAGCAUCAUCAACUGAUCUUCAUGAUAAAUGUUAUUUUGAAUAUAAUAGUGAUCCAUUUGUUGUUCCAUGUGAAUUCAUAUUAGAUAAUUUCAGUUGUGCAAGUGAUGCAACAAGUCUCAAUGACUGUACAUACACACCAUUAUUUCAACACCAAUGUACGAAUGAUAUGCAUGUUGGAAUUGGAUGUGUAUGA